AUGGCGAAGGAGCGGGGAUCUCCCGCUGCUCGGAAUGGUUUUAAACUGGAAGAGGCUUCCAGGGCUCAGCCCUUGCUGACCCAGCCCUCCUCCGUGUCGGUGCUGCCCGGGCAGACCGCCCGCCUCUCCUGCACCCUCAGCCCCCAGUACAACAUCAGCACGGUCGGCAUCUCCUGGUACCAGCAGCGCCCGGGGCACUCCCUGAGGUAUCUGCUCUACUACAACUCCGAGCGGGACAAGCACAAGCCCGCCACGGUUCCCGACCGCUUCUCUGCUACCAAGGACCUCGCCAGCAACGCCUGCAUCCUCAUCAUCACAGCCGCCCGCCAUGAGGACAACGGCAGCUAUUACUGCUCCCUCUCACUUGCCUUCAGCCGCUUUUAG